AUGACGCCCCGGUCUGGACGCAACAAUUCAGAUGAUGGCGAGCUGGGCCAGCCCGUGGAGCACCAAGUAUCAUCGCCUCCUCCCCUCGACGACAUAAAUCCAUUUUCACGGCCAGAAACGCGUGAGCCUUCCCUGCCGCCACUGCCGGCCGUUUCCUGGGACUCGCAGACGCAGUCCUUCGCCAAGAGGAAACGAAGCACCGCGUCACAGCUCUUCUCCGACUCAAGUGACCCUGCCAUAUUCUCCAGCGACGAUGAUCCCGCGCUGGACAACUAUGUCGAAGGCCGUCACAAGAAGAAGCGCUACGUCGGCUCCUGGUUCCAGCAACGCCCAGCAAGCUCCGAUUCCGGCUUGAGUAUUCGUCCAGAGUCCAGCGGCCGGCUCGAGUCCCGCUGGAAAAGGCCAUUCGUCCCGGUCGACAGCGGAGUCUUCAUGGGGAGUGACGGCUCCAUUGAUGAUAUCCUCCUGGAUGAGCUGCCACCUGCCAAGGCGAACAAGGCAAUUUUCCCGCCUACGACAACAACGAGACCAACGGCUGCUCAGCUUAACCAAGUGCCCCGCCCGUCCCAGAAGGGGAAGCACUCCGAUACGGAGGCAAAAGCACAGGAGAUUAUCCGACGGUGUAUCGAUCGCGGCAUUGAAGAUGUCGACUUGUCGGCCCAAGGACUGCAACACAUUUCCAAUGCGACCAUCUCAUUGAUAUCGCAGAUUGCUCGAAUCCCGAGUGUAGAAAGGGGCGUUCCCUUUGAGCAUCAGGACCCGGAGCUUCACCUGUUUCUCUGGAGCAACCAGCUUACGCGGGUCCCUGGGGCAGUCUUCGACUUGGACCACCUGACGAUUCUGAGCCUGCGGGGAAACUCGCUCACAGAGCUGCCCCCUGCCGUUCUGAAGCUCAAAAAGCUACAGACCCUGAACGUAUCACUGAACAAUUUGAAAUACCUGCCUGUGGAGCUGCUUGAGCUGAUAUACGACCCCGAGAGCUCGCUCGAGACAUUGAUGCUUCACCCAAAUCCGUGGUACCGGCCAGAAGGGGAUGAAGAACCGGAAGCUCCUUGGUCAUCUGAGAACACAGACAGAACAUAUUCCGGCCCUGGCCCGCGGGGCAGAGGGAGCAGGUGGCUUACCCGUGAGCCACGUACCGGCUCGUACCUGGAUGCGAAGCGCUGGGCAAGAUCACCGGUGGAAUUCAAGAACACACAAGACACUGUGUAUUCCGUAUUCCGGGUAAAGCCCGACGACAAGAUCCUGCCGACCGAGGACCUCGAAUCAGAGCCAGUGCCGCCGAUGCAGAAUACUGCCCAACAACGGAUCUUGCUCUCCACCGAGGUCAAGACUACAAAGGUGCCGUCCCUGAUGGAGUUAGCGCUGCAGGCGUCCGCAAGGAACCCUUACCUGUCAGAACUGCCCGAGAUACUCGCCGACACCACCCCGAACACACGCAUGUGCAAUCUCCUCGUCGACACGCAGGUGCACUCGUACACGGGCGGCCAGCGCUGCACCGUCUGUAAGCGGCCGGUUAUCAAGCCGACCGCGCAGUGGUUCGAGUGGUGGGAGGUCUUUGUCAACCACCAGGUCCCGGGGGAUUCGGCCGACUCGGAGCCGCUCACAAGAGUGCAGUACCUGACCAAGUCCCCGGGGGAGAGGCUGGUGCCCUUCGUCAGGCGCGCGUGCUCGUGGAAUUGUGUUCGGAACCCGGUCAGGGGGCUGGGAAGGCCAUCGGAGGAGGAGAGCGCGGAAGCAAAUGUAGGGGAGGGCGUGCUUCAAAAGUAA